AUGGCAGCUUAUGCAGCUUCAGUUUCUCUGAUCACUCUUACGGAGCAGAUCGAAAACCAUCCUCGCCUUUCGAUUUCUGUCGACAAGAGCCAGAUUGAAUCUCUACGCGAGAAGAUCGGUUUCUUGUUAAAAUUCAUAGAGAACAAUAUUACUCGUGGAGCUAUAAACAAUGAAGCUCAAGUGCUGUUGAGCCAAAUUGCAUCUUCAGCCUAUUCGGCCGAAGAUGCAAUCAAAUCUCACGUUGUCGACCAAACACAAGCGAUGGAAGAUGCCAAAAGAAAGGUUACCAUAAUCAAGUCCACGAAUUCGAUGCCACUACUCUGUUGCCUCAAGGAAGCUGUAACUACUGAAUCUGAUCCAUUGCAUUUGCACCAAAUUAACGAUGGCUCGAUUUCCUUGCUCGAUCUUCAGACGGUAAUAGACGACGUGGAUUCCAUCAAGAAAAAGGUUAUGGAGUUCAAAGAUGGUUUGCCGCCCGCAUACUCGGUGCCAGCUACUACUACUACUACUACUACUACUACUUCAACAUCUCUUACGAGUAUUACCGGAAAGAGCACGAUGGUGGGAUUUGAGGUCGAGUUGCAUGAACUUCUGGAGAGGCUCACCGGGCUACAAUCUAAUUUGCAAAUCAUUCCAAUCGUAGGCAUGGGCGGCAUUGGUAAGACUACUCUUGCCAAAUAUGCUUAUGAAAAUUCACUUAUUACGCGACCUUUUUAUAUUCGUCGUUGGGUUACCGUAUCCCAAAAAUAUGAUGUCGGAGGGCUUCUUCUACAACUUCUUUCUGAGCAAAGUAGUGAGAUGAUUAGUAAAACUGAUGAGCAAUUAGGCGAUGUGUUAUACACAAGGCUAUGCGGUCGGAAGUAUUUGAUUGUAAUAGAUGAUAUUUGGAGUGUCGAGGCUUGGGAGAAGCUAAAACGUUUCUUUCCAAACGACAAAAAUGGAAGUCGAAUUGUUGUCACUACAAGGAUAUUGGAUGUGGCUAACGACUUUGGCUCUUCGUGCCUUCGUGUGAAUUUUCUAGAUGAUGGUAAAAGUUGGAAACUAUUUUGUGAAAAGGCAUUUGGUGAUCAAUCCGGUUGCCCUUCUGAGCUAGAGGAUACCGGGAAGGAGAUUGUUAAGAAAUGCAAAGGACUUCCCCUUUCGAUUUCUGUGAUUGGUGGCCUUCUUGGAAGGUCCCAUAAGACGCAAGAAUAUUGGAAAAUUAUUUCAAAAGAUUUAAUCUCCAAUUUGAACCUCGAACAGGACGAGAAUUGCUCAAGUAUAUUAUCUUUGAGUUACACCUACUUGCCCCCUCAUCUUAAGCCGUGUUUUCUAUACAUGGAAAUUUUUCCAGAAGAUGAUAUGAUUCAUGUAUCCAAAUUGAUCAAACUUUGGGUGGCUGAAGGAUUUAUAAAGCCGAAUAAAGCCCAAAGCUUGGAAGAGAUUGCAAGAGAUCACUUAAAUGACCUCAUUGACAUGAAUCUCAUUUUGAGAUAUAGUUUUGGGUCAGAUGGAAGAAUUGUAUAUUGUCAGAUCCAUGAUCUUCUGAGGGACUUGUGUCUAAGGGUAGCUCACAGUGAGAAGUUUAUUUGUAUGAUGAAGGACGUUCCACGGCGCCUGCUUGUAGGAAUUCUAUCUCAACGUCAUGUUGUACUUGAUGAAAGAAUUCCCCGGUUUGUAAUUAGUUCUGAACCCAUGUUUUUUAAAGAACUUCCUUAUUCAUCAACAUCCCUACUCUGGAAUUUGCAAACACUAAUUCUUAAUAGCGUAAUUGAUGCACCAUCUGAAAUUUGGGAGAUGCGACAACUUAGGCAUCUACAUAUCCUUCGGGUGUCGCUCCCCGAUCCUCCUAAGAGUCGUAAGCAACAAAAGAACGACAUUGUUUUGCCAAAUCUGCAGACACUUAAGAAUGUAAUGAACUUCAAGUGGAGUGAGGAGGUUUGUAUGAGACUCCCUAAUGUGACGAAAUUAAACUUCCAAUAUGAUUUGGGCGACAGUAGUUCAAAGAAGUACCGUCUCUACAACAUUUGCCGCUUAGGUAGACUUGAGUCACUUACCUGCAAAUCGUUUCAUCUGGUUAAACUACUGCACAACCUCAAAUUCCCAAGUUCGAUCAACAGGUUGUCUUUAGAAUAUUGCAAGGUUCCUUGUCGAGAUUUGACAAUGAUUAGUUCGCUUCCUUGUCUUGAAGUUCUAAAAUUGAAAACUCAUUCGAUCGAAGGACGUGAGUGGAAUCCUGUUGAGGGGGGAUUCCUUCGCCUGAAAUACCUCUUAAUAGAAGAUUGUGAUCUGGUUGAAUGGAGGGCUCAAAGUUCCCAUUUUCCAGUGCUGGAGAAACUUGUGCUUCUAGAUAUGAAUAAACUGAAGCAGAUCCCGAUUGAAAUUGGAGAAAUAUCAACACUUCAGGUUCUCCAUUUGAAAUACUGUCGGUUGUCUGCGGUCGUUUUUUUCCGCAUUAAGAAUUGCGGAGGAACAAGAAAAUGUGGGGAAUGA